AUGGCGAAACGAGACGACAAGCCCUGGGGGCACCCAGUGGUGAUCCUUGAGAAGGAAGUGGCUUCCUCAGAGAUGGUCAAGUGUCAACUAGUUACUUCGUUCCAAAACGGCGAUACGUUCGCCAAGAAGUCAGCAACCUCCAAGGAGGGUAUCGCACCGAUUCAGGGUGUCAGACCACACCCGGGCGUGCUCGGUAUUUCCACCCGCUUGUUGACACUCGAGCCUGGCUCAGACAAGUUCACCAAGCCGUCCUACGUCAACUUCUACGACAAGUUUGAGGACGGCCAAUUCUGGAUAGAAUAUUGUCACAUUCAGCCUUGGAUGGCAAAUGGGCGACCGACCAAAAUCACCUUUGACCAGGAGUCGCUCGAGCGAAUCAAGAGACAGCAGGUACGCUGA